AUGGGUUUCCUCACUCUAGCGGUCUACAACUGGCGCGUCUAUGCCUGCGCCGCUAUUGCAUCCUUUGCAGCAUGCACUAUCGGCUACGACUCUGCGUUCAUCGGCACCACGUUAGCUCUGCCAUCAUUCGUUGAUGAAUUCAAAUUUGCGGAGAUGGACCCAGCAUACCUCGCCCUCCAAAAAGCCAACAUCGUCUCGGUCUACCAAGCUGGCGCUUUCUUCGGUGCCUUGGGCGCUUUCGUCACUUCUUACUUCUACGGCCGCAAGAAGAGCUUGUUUAUAUUCUCUGUCAUCUUUAUGAUCGGCGCCGGCAUGAUGUUGGGCGCCAACGGCCAGCGUGGUCUUGGUCUUAUCAUUGGCGGUCGUGUCCUUGCUGGUGUUGGUGUCGGAGGCUGCUCCAACAUGGUCCCGGUCUACAUCUCAGAACUCGCACCUCCCGCAGUACGUGGGCGACUUGUCGGCAUCUACGAACUCGGCUGGCAAAUCGGCGGUCUAGUUGGCUUUUGGAUUAACUACGGCCUCGUCGAGACAAUGGAACCAAGCCAUACGCAAUGGAUCAUUCCAUUUGCUGUUCAGCUCAUCCCCGCUGGUAUCCUGCUUCUUGGCGGUCUCUGGAUCAAGGAGUCGCCCAGAUGGCUCAUGACCCGAGGCAGGCGCACGGAGGCGGUAAAGAACCUCUGCUGGAUCCGAAUGCUGCCAGCUGAUGACCUUUACAUUAUUGAGGAGAUGUCCUACAUCGAUGCUGCCAUCGAGGCUCAGACCGCUGGCGUUGGCAUGGGCUUCUUCGCUCCCUUCAAGGCCGUUGCUAGGAGCCGAAAGAUUCAGUGGCGAUUCUUCCUCGGUGGCAUGCUCUUCUUGUGGCAGAACGGUUCGGGCAUCAACGCCAUCAACUACUACUCUCCGACCGUCUUCCGAAGCAUCGGCAUCACGGGCACGAACACCGGCUUCCUUACCACCGGUAUCUUCGGUGUGGUCAAGACCGUCAUCACGAUCAUCUGGCUGUUGUUUUUGGUUGAUCAAGUUGGCCGCAGGCUCAUGUUGCUGAUUGGCGCUACUGGUGGCUCUCUCUGCAUGUGGUUCAUUGGAGCCUACAUCAAGAUCUCGAAAGCUGGUCAGAGCACUACAACCGCAAACACGAAGCUCUCUUCGGGCGGUAUCGCAGCUAUGUUCUUCUUCUACCUCUGGACUGCAUUCUACACUCCUUCAUGGAACGGCACUCCAUGGGUUGUCAACUCCGAGAUGUUCGACAUGGGCACCAGGUCUCUCGGUCAAGCAUCCGCAGCAGCGAACAACUGGUUCUGGAACUUCAUCGUCUCGCGCUUCACACCCCAAAUGUUCCUCGCCAUGGGCUACGGCGUCUACUUCUUCUUCGCCAGCCUCAUGAUCGGCUCCGUCAUCUUCAUCUACUUCCUGCUCCCCGAGACUAAGUCAGUGCCUCUCGAGGCCAUGGACCGUCUCUUCGAGAUCAAGCCCGUGGGCAGGGCCAACAAGCAGGUCCUCGCCGAGGUCCGCGCAAAGGAGGAGGAGUUCCGCCACACCGACGAGGCGGUCAGGAGCAUGUCUGUCGUCAGUGUCAAGGAGAAGAACAUGCGCAUCGAGAACCUCGAAGUCUAG